AGGAUGUGCAUGAAGCUCCACCACUGGAUGUGGUCCAAAGGAAAGCAGAACAAUAUGUUUGGCACCAGCUUGACUGCAGGAGUUGCCAGAAGGAGUCAUACAAGACACCAUCCAUAACAGAUUCUGAUAUAAAAAGGUGUACUUUGCAACUUGGAGUAGACCCACUGAAAUUAAUGGAAAAUUACUUAACUGAUUCCAGUGGGUAUACUAUGAGACUGACUAAUAUUAAAUACCCCCACCCCCGCAAGCAACAGUAGCAUACAGGGUACAAUCCUGCUUUUUUAAAACAAAAGGUUCCUCUGCUAUUGAUUUCACUGGGAUUGUUCUCCAAAGUUUUGUACAAGUAUUUGUUGGGCUCCUCUUAGAAUAUCAGCAUAAAAUUACAUCAGCAUAAUACAAGUGCUGGGGGCUGGGGAGAAGCAAACAAAUUUCUACCUUUUCAAACUACUUAGUUCAACAAUUCCUGUUAACUAAUCCAUGCUCUUGGAAGACAAUUACACUGAGCUCUGACAACAUUGCCAACCCAUUGCAGUGUGCCUUAUGCCAAACACCAUUGUUAUAUUAUUGACCAUGUUCACUAUUACAUAUGCAUAUGAAAAAACAGAAGCUUUUUCAUCAGGAUUACCCUAAUAGCAUUAAGAGAUUAUUUUUAAAAUUUCAUUGGAAGAAAAUUCACUUAAAUGAGAUUACUUAUUACUUGACUGGUUUCCUAUCAUGCUGUUAUGUUUAGGUAAGUGGAGUCCAUUAGAAUGCUAUUUUUUUAAGGAACCUGAUUUUAUACAUUAAUGAUUUCAAAUAAAAGAGAAGUGCUAUAUUUGUGCGCUGGUUCUUUUGAGAAAGUUAAGUCUGAUGCUCUGGUUAGACGAGAUAACACUUUUUGUCCCUCUUGGUGCCCCCCCUGGUGUCACCAUUAGUUGCUAAUUACUUGCAAACAAAUAAACAAUUAACUCCUCGUGCCUCUUGGUGGGAGAAUCUUCAUUGACAUGCUAAAACUUUCUAAUAAAAGAUUUUAAUUAAUGACGUGGCGAAUCCAACCCCCUUGUCAACAAAGCUAUAAGGAGGAACUGGGAAAGAAAAACCUGAACUAUGGUGCAUUUGGUACCUAGGCUGACAGUACAAGAAUGGCAAGCAGAUCACUCUGUCCUCUUAAUGAAACUUCUCAAAACCAUCAGGACAAAUCCAAUCUUGGGGAAAGCAAAAAGGCAUCUUGUUCAUUUUCCAUUGAAAGCAUUUUGGGGUUAGAGCGGAAAAAAGAUGGCACAACUGCUGCAAAGCCACACAGGCCAUGGAUGGAUAAAUGCAGUGAUUUAGGAGAGGGUUGCAACCCUUGUCUACGGUUUCCUGCCAUUUCCUAUGCAAUCCCAUUGUUUAAUGCGAUCAGCUACCCAGAGGCAGAAGAAAGGGUUCGGAAAUGCGAAAACUAUUUUGCAGUCAAUGAAAAGCUUUCUUACAAAAGGGAAUUGAGUUGGUACAGAGGUAGGAGGCCAAGAACUGCAUUCACUCGAAGCCAGAUUGAAGUACUGGAAAAUGUUUUCAGAGUGAACUCUUAUCCUGGGAUUGAUGUUAGAGAAGAACUAGCUCAAAAAUUAGAUUUAGAUGAAGACAGAAUCCAGAUCUGGUUCCAGAAUCGCCGGGCAAAGCUGAAGAGAUCCCACAGAGAAUCUCAGUUUCUAAUGGUGAAAAACAAUUUAUCUCAAAACAUGAUAAAAUAAUAGAAUCACCCACCCAAUACACUAGUGUAUUGCUGAAGCGUGAUGUGAAGCGUUCAUAAACUGCAAACUCUUAUCGAGGAAUUAUAAUGUUACAAAUUUGCUUGGAUGUUAGUCAACUAGUUCUGAAAAAGAAGAAUGAUUUUGCGAAGGAAAAUAAAUGGUGAUCAAAGAUGGGGAACUUGCGGCUCUCCAGAUGUUAUGGGACCCCAACUCCCAUCAGCCUCAGCUAGCAUGGCUAGUGAUCAGGCAUGAUGGGACUUAGAGCCCAACAACAUCUGGAGGGCCACAGGUUCUCUAUCCCUGCUGUAAAUACUAUUGUAGCAUUAUUCCUAUUACUAAGGGGAGGGGGGCAUUUUCUCUAACAGCUUAAUAGCUUAUUUUCAGGGAAAGGGGGAGCUAUUUUUCCAGAUAACUAACCAAAGGAGGUAGUGAUGCAUCAUUGUAAAUUGUGAGGACUAAACAUACAACGGGGCGGAGAAGCUGUGAAUUCCCAGAUAUUGUUCGACUCCAACUCCCAUCAUCCCCAGCCAGCAUGACUGAUGGUCAGGCAUAAUGGGACAUUGAGGCCAACAUCUGGAGGGCUACAUACAUCAAGGAGGCUUUGCAUAAAAUUCUGUAGCUCAGUUUUCCCUACAGCUGUGUCUCUGGCCCUCAGGAAGCUCUGUAUGUAUGGGGCCUGCACUAUUAAAUCCAAAGGAUUCACAUGAGAAGCUAAUUACAGACAGCUGCAGGGAAUCUAGCAGAAGCAUUUCUCUCUGUAAGAUUUGAAUCUUUUCUGCUGUGUUUCCUACUAUGAUCCAGAGAUGUGCAAAUGUUUAUUGGGUGAUGGUGGCUAUUGACUUAAAAAAAGCUUUUUGCCGGGAUGUUAUGCAGCAAAAGUAUACAGGGCAUCCCACUUUGUGUGUAUGUGUCUCUGCUUGGUGGGAACUUCAUGAAAAGAAGAAAAUGACAUUCACAUAUGAAACCAAUAUGUAUCAUAUUAUGGGAAUCUUUACAAGAUCAAUCCCUGGGGAGGGAGAGCGAGCAUUUUGUACCUUCCCACUUUCCUCAGGAAACAGGUUGCUCCUGCGAUGAUCCCUUUGUUGGUUUUUUGGAACCAUUUCAGCUCAGUGUAUGUAUACGCCAAGAUUUGCCAGUCUGCAAUAACUACAGCCCAGCUGACCUUUCAGAGGGUGCAAAGGCAUUACACAUCCUGUCAUUCUCAGAAUGAACACAACUUUGGCUAUAUCAUAAAUACCUGCUUCCCUCCCCACAUCUUUUAGAAACCAUGGUGUUUGUAUUUUAUACUGUAGCAGAUGCAUUACCUGUUAGUUUCCAGGGGAGUUUAAAGUGCUGAUAUUGACCUUUAAACAGUUCAGGACAAAGUUAUUUGAAGGACUCUGUCCACCUGUACCCAAAAGAAGUUGCCUGGCCCUUAAGAUUAGAAUGUAAGAUU